CCGCCGCCCGGUGCUCUGCUCCCUCGCGGGCCUCGGCUCGUUUCUGUGACUGGCGAAUCAGUGACUGUUAACUGCGUGUCGCUUGGGUGGAAAGGGCCUGGCCUGCAGGGACUGCCGCUAUCCCACGGCGUGGGGGUGUGUGUGUCCGUAGUGGCCACUUUGUGCUCGGUGGUGGCUCCGGGGCCACCUGGCAAAGCCGGAGCUGCGGGCCUUGUCCCUUUGGGCAGCCAGACAUCACGCUCUGCUGCUGGGGAGGGUGCAGGCCCCCAGACCCUCUGGGAGGAGGGGACAGAAAGCCCAGUCGGGGUCACCCAUUUCUCCAGCAGAAGCCAGGCCCUCCUCCCAACAGGUGCGUCCGCUCCAGGGCCACCUGCGGGCUCAGCGGCGGGGCCUCUUCCACGUUGGGUUGGAGGGCUAAGGGGCCGCUUUACCUUUGGCGAGCGGAUGGGCAGGCGUCUUCUUAAGCGGGGUCUGUCGCAUCAUUUUCGUGUCCUGCCGUCCCUCCGGGCACUGUCUCUAGACCCACGGGCAGCGGAAGCCACAGGCCGCCCUCCACGGCCGGGUGGUGCGGGCACGUGCCGCAGCCACGUUGAACUUUCCAGGGCUGCCACGUCUCGGGGUCCCCAGCCCUGGGAAGACUCUGCUUCCUGGCGUGGGGCAUCAGCCUUGCCUUCACGGUCCCCUUCGGCGUGUGCAGCGGCUCCAGCUCCCGACGUCCGCCACGGGCCGCCAGCGAACCGUGCGGGGUCAGAGGGGGCCUGGCCUCCGCUCUGGGCUCCCUUCCCCUCCCCCUUCCUCGGCUCAGGAGUCCAGCUUCAGGAUGUCCAGCGGGCAGCCCCGCACGGAGACGAGACCCAGGCAGGGGCCUCCAAGGGCCGACUGGAGCUCCGUGGGCCUUGGCACAGGGCUGGGGUGACGGCUCCAAGGGGAAGCAGGGCUUCCUGGCCCUGCUCCCUCCCGGCCUGCAGUUUCCUUCCGCUGGCUUUGUCAUCUCUGCGCCUGGCCCCGCACUUUCCACUGUCUGUGACUUCACCGUGGACACCAGCCUCCAGAUGGUCCUGAGAUCCAGCGUAGGGCCUGGAGCCCUGCUCCCAGCGGCCGUUCGGGUCUCUGAGUGCUGUGUGAGUGACUCUGUGAGCGAGUCGGGGACUGGUGUGUAGCUCUGGGGCAGAGAGCUCUGGUCUCCCGAAAUGUGGAGGAGCGAAAAGGCCUGUGAUCUGACAGCCCGCGGGGCCCGUCACCAACUUCUCUUCAAGGCCGCCUGGCCUGGGGCCUCCCGCCAGGCUGCCCGUGUGCACGGGCCGAGCUCUGUUAACAGCCCACCAGCAUCUGCAGGCUGGAAAUCUCUAGCGUCUUCCUGAGCACGCGUCGG